UUCACUUUCAGAAAACAAGAUGUGUGUGAGAAGAAGCAGGCGGAUCCGGUGCAUCGACCCAUCACAAGGAGGUUUGCUGCACAGAUUGCCAGCACACAGCAAAAUCGUGCUGAGGGAACCAAGAAGUCAAACUUGGGAAAUUCGAAUGGAUUUGGAGAGGUUAUAUUUGUUGAUGAUGAACACAAGCCAACGGAUGACCAACCAGUGCCAAUGACUUUAGAGCAGACAGAGCCAGUGCAUAAUGAAUUAGAUCAGAUGGAGGAAGUUGAGAUGGAGGAUAUAAUUGAUGAGACAGUUUUGGACAUUGAUAUAUGUGACGCAAAUAAUCCCCUUGCAGUGGUGGACUAUAUUGAAGAUCUAUACGCCUACUACAGAAAAAUGGAGGGUUCUAGCUGUGUCUCACCCAAUUAUAUGACACAGCAGUUUGACAUUAAUGAAAGGAUGAGGGCUAUACUUAUUGACUGGCUUAUUGAGGUGCACGACAAAUUUGACCUCAUGCACGAGACAUUGUUUCUCACAUUUAAUCUCAUAGAUAGAUUUUUGGCAAAGCAGACAGUUGUAAGAAAGAAGCUUCAGUUGGUUGGACUUGUUGCAAUGCUUCUGGCAUGCAAGUAUGAAGAAGUUUCAGUUCCUGUGGUGGGGGAUCUAAUUCUCAUAUCAGACAAAGCAUACACAAGGAAGGAAGUUCUGGAGAUGGAGAAGUUGAUGGUCAACACAUUGCAGUUUAACAUGUCUGUGCCAACAGCAUAUGUUUUUAUGAAAAGAUUCCUAAAGGCAGCUCAAGCAGACAGGAAGCUUGAGCUAUUGGCUUUCUUCCUAGUAGAGCUAUCUCUAGUGGAAUAUGAGAUGCUGAAGUUCCCUCCAUCCUUGCUAGCAGCAGCUGCUAUUUAUACAGCUCAAUGCUCCAUUUAUGGCUUGAAACAAUGGAGUAAAACAUGUGAAUGGCACUCCAAUUACUCAGAAGAUCAGCUAUUAGAGUGCUCUACUUCGAUGGUUGAUUUUCAUCAGAAGGCUGGAAAAGGGAAACUUACUGGGGUACAUAGGAAGUACUGUUCAUCUAAAUUUAACUACACUGCAAAAUGUGAACCCGCACAUUUUCUUCUUGAGGACUCGUUGUAGCAGGCGGCCAUGUAUAAAGCCACUAACAAAACAUCAUCAUGAUGAUAUGAUAUGAUACACUUGACUUUGAUAAUUGGGGGGCCAUUUGGUUAAUGGAUGCAGGCGGUCACAUGAAUUUGAGCAACUUGGGUUGCACUUAUAUGUUGUAUCUCAAGUGUCGGGUUUGUCUUAUGUAUUUUGUUGUUCUACUCAUGUUAUUUUUCCUUCCUUUUACUUUCUGUUAUGUUCCAAGUGAACACAACAUACUUGAGUCGUGUAAUUUCUCUUUGUUCCCAUUGAACAAAAUAAUGGAAACCAUGACAUAGAAACAACUUCAUUCAUUUAACAAGUA